AUGGCCCAAAUCAACAAUUCACCGAUUACCCAGGUGUCCCAGACCCCAGUCCAGACCAACCUCCAACCCCAGCUUCUCACUCGCCUGUUGCUCGACCUCCGUGGCAGAAGAUUCGAUGUCGACCGUGAUACGAUUAUGAACUUGCCAGAGUCGGUCCUCCUCUGUCUCUUCCCCAACGGGCUGGUCUUGAGCAGACAGAGUGUGGCACUGUCGGAUGGCGGAGGCGACGAGGACGAGGAGGAAAUCUAUGGCGUUGACUUCGACCCCGACUGCUUCCAAUUCGUGCUCGACUUCUUCCGCAACGCGUCCGAGACGUUCUACGGCAACGCCAAAUCCCCCGGCCUGCUGAGCGCUCAACAACACCUCCUAGACUCUUCCGCAGAUUUUGGACCAACGAGCUCGCAGAACCCCCUCCUCUCGAAGCAGGCUAUCAUUGUCCUCCGAGAGGAAUUGGAGUACUUCUCUAUUCCUCCUAAUGACGGGAAACCGUUGACUGACCAGAACGGCAUCGCCAACGAGUUUUUGUUGGACAUCAAGAGACGGUCGGGGGAUUAUCUUAUUGACAGGAAGAAUAUCUUCACGGCACUACAAAGGAAUGUGAAUAAGGAGAACAACGUUGCCGAGCAACAUCUUAUUGACAUGUUGUGUAUGAGUGGCUUCAACCGGGACGACGAAUGGGGCUACCGUGCACUCGAACCCUCCAGGUGCUGCAUAUCCUCCAUAGCCCUCGUUCUCUUGAAAACCGGAAUCCAACAUUUCCCCAACGGCGAGAAGCCCGCUGAGAUCGACUACCAGCAAAUGGCCACCGCCCAAAAGCUGCUACUAUUCUGGCGGAAACCUGCUAGAAAGUGCUGGUGGGACGGGAUGGAUGUAGAGUUGCCGGCGGCUGGUGACAAACCCGCUAUCACUGCCAAGCUAUGGGCAAGACGUGUGUGGACUUUGGAGCUUAGUUUGGUCUAACCAACUUGACUUCGAACGCGUCUACGUCAUCCCGCGUAACCCCUGUCCCCUAUUUCAUGCCUACCUAUCUGCGCGUUCGUGUUCGCCCGACUCCUCCCGAGUGCGCCUACCACUCACAGACCAAACUAUAUCCAACUGUACACCAAACCUUGUCAACGACGAUAGGAGACCUAGGUCUAUACCUUGCCAGAUACCCCAACCACCAACUAGGCAAAGGCUACUGACUACUUUUGUUCAAGGCUUUCCCUUUCGCUGAUAUCCUUCUUUCACGCUCACGCUGUCGUUGUCGCCGUUGCUGUUGUGUUC